UCCAUUCUAUGAAGUCAGUAAGCUAUCGCCAUGGAACGAGUUCAGGUCACGCCACGGAGUUAUCCCACAAACCUCAUCGACAAAGACUGGUCGAACCGAAAACUUUUCUUUAGAAAAAAUUCCGAUGAUUUUCUUAAUUUGGUGCAUGAUAUGAAACUCAGAGAUGAUGAUGUAUGGAUAGUAACUUUGCCAAAAUGUGGAACCACUUGGAUGCAGGAGUUAUUGUGGUUGCUUCUUAAUAAUCUCGAUUUUGACGAAGCGUUGGCCAAAGAUCAGGAGAUUCGUAGUCCAUUUUUGGAGUUCGACAUUCUUGUUAAUGAGGAUUUGGAACGGUCAUUAAGGCCUGUUGAGGAAUUAAAAUCUCCUCGUCUGAUAAAAUCGCACCUUUCACUUGCUCUAUUGCCCUCACAACUUUGGCAGCGAAAGAACAAAGUGAUUUAUGUCUUCCGGAAUCCUUUGGAUUCCAUUGUCUCUCGAUAUUAUCACGGGGUGUCAUUUGGUAUUCACUAUGGCAAAUCGCUACAUCAGUAUUUCGAUGAAAUCCUGGCCAAUGAGGAUUUUGCUGCCGAGAUCAUUGAACACGCUUAUGAAUUCUACCAACUGAGAAACGAACCCUGGGUCUACUAUACUAGUUUUGAAAGAAUGAAGAAAGAUCUGAGGGGAGUAAUCAAUGAUGUCUCCAUCUUUCUCGACAAACCCAUCAACGAAGAGCCAAUAAUGGAGCGUCUACUAAAGCAUUUGUCUUUCGAAGAAAUGAAAAAAAAUCCAACAACGAAUCAUCUGUGGGAACGAGCUCAAAUAAAACACAAAAAUGCUGGAAAGGAAAUACACCCAUUCGUGCGACGUGGUGAGGUCAAUGGAUACAAAGACGAACUUAAACCCGAGCAAAUUGAGAAGGCCAACGCUUGUAUAAAAAAGAUUCUGGACAACAACUCUGUGACUAUGGAAGAACUACUGCUCCUAAAUAAUCCCUAGAUUAUAAGCUACAGUUGUAAUGAUAUUACAAAUACGGUUACACAAACCAAUCUUUCUGAUUAAAUUCUCAAAAUAAGAUAAUAAAAGUGUUUGCUUAUACUGAUAA